AAUCGAAGACGGAAUGGAUAUGUAUCAGAGCGAUUAUCAGAAAAUAAAACAGAAACAGAAAAAGCUCACACAGAAACAGUUCGCAGAGAAACUGGCUGUUGCUCCCAAAACUUUUUGCCGAGAAAAUUUGUGAAGAGAUAUCUAUCGUUCAUAGGAUCGCGAGCAAGCAGUUCACACUCUUCGAUCGGCUUUCUUUUUUCGGUUUAAAGAAAAAAGUAUUCGUAUUUGGGAACUGAAAGCUUAGUAAAAUGCAAGAGCAGUGGUUCGAUAUUGAUCAUAAAAGCUUGCAGGUUGACAGUUGCUUGGAGGAAUUCGGAAACGCCGGAGCAGAAUAUUCGGGAGGCCGCAAAUAGUGAUAUUGGUGAUAGUUGUGCAAGUCAGGACAGCCAUGGCGUCUGCAGGCCUUGGAAAUGGUGGGGUCGGCAGUUCCAGGUCUGCUAAUGGCUUCAGAGAGUCAUCCAGUGCGGUGGAUUGGCUUGGGAGGGAGAUGCUUGAGAUGAGGUUGAGGGACAAGGUGGACCAUGAUGAGGACAGAGAUAGUGAGCCUGACAUAAUCGAUGGUGUGGGUGCUGAAACAGGACAUGUGAUAAGAACCAGCAUUGGUGGUCGAAAUGGCCAAUCUAAGCAGAAUGUCAGUUAUAUUGCAGAGCACGUGAUUGGAACAGGGUCUUUUGGUGUUGUUUUCCAAGCAAAAUGCAGGGAAACUGGAGAGAUUGUGGCCAUUAAAAAGGUUCUUCAGGACAAGCGCUACAAAAAUAGGGAGUUGCAGAUUAUGCAAAUGCUGGAUCAUCCAAAUGUUGUUGCCCUUAGGCAUUAUUUCUUUUCGACGACUGACAAAGAAGAGCUUUACUUGAAUCUUGUGCUUGAAUACGUUCCUGAAACUGUUAAUCGUGUUGCAAGGAAUUAUAGCAGGAUCAACCAGCGAAUGCCUUUAAUAUAUGUUAAGCUUUACACCUACCAGAUUUGCAGGGCUCUUGCAUACAUACAUAAUUGCAUUGGAAUUUGCCAUCGUGACAUCAAACCUCAGAAUCUACUUGUGAAUCCACAUACGCAUCAGCUGAAAAUUUGUGAUUUUGGAAGUGCUAAAGUGUUGGUGAAAGGAGAGCCAAAUGUUUCUUAUAUCUGUUCGAGAUAUUAUCGUGCUCCAGAACUUAUUUUUGGUGCCACUGAGUAUACAACUGCUAUAGAUAUAUGGUCAACUGGAUGUGUAAUGACUGAAUUACUUCUUGGACAGCCUCUGUUUCCUGGAGAAAGUGGAGUUGACCAACUUGUUGAAAUCAUUAAGGUUUUGGGAACUCCAACAAGGGAAGAGAUAAAAUGCAUGAACCCAAAUUAUACUGAAUUUAAGUUUCCACAGAUUAAACCUCAUCCAUGGCACAAGGUCUUUCAGAAGCGGUUACCCCCUGAAGCAGUUGACCUUGUGUGUAGGUUCUUUCAGUAUUCUCCCAAUUUGCGAUGCACUGCUUUGGAAGCUUGCAUUCAUCCUUUCUUUGAUGAAUUGAGGGAUCCAAAUACCCGCCUUCCUAAUGGCCGCCCACUUCCUCCUCUUUUUAAUUUUAAAGCUGCAGAGCUCUCCGGUAUCCCGCAAGAUGUCAUCAAUCGGCUUAUUCCAGAGCAUGCUCGUAGGCAGAACUUAUUUAUGGCUUUGCACACCUAGCCACUAUUGACAUCCCCCCCCCUUCCCCCCCACUUGUCAAUUGGUAGCAGGCUGUAAAAUAUCCAGGGCAUCUGUGAAAAUGCCCCAUAAGGAGUUCCUAAUGGAACAUUGCAGUUUUUGAUUUCAUUGGCCAUGGGAUGGGGUUUGUUCUCUAUUCUUGCGCAAGAGACCACGUUUUCUUGUAUAUUUUUCACACACUUCAAUGAUGAUUUUAGUAAUACAGCAGACAUAAGGAUUUAUAUAGUGCAUAUUGAUCCAGUUUUCCUGCA